AGAGACUUUGUCGGAGCCGCAGACGAACUAGGAAAGGGCAAUUGUGGUUGCCCUCUGUUAUUUUAAAUGGGUCAUUGUACAAGCUACAAGAAAUAAAUUGAAAGCGAAACAUAAUUGGAGUAAAUGUGUAUAGAGCCUUGCAGUCCUUUGGACGAGGCAGAUGUCAGCUGUUCCAGUCAAAAUUGUUGAAAAUAAAGGGAUAAAGCGUAGAAAAGAAAUGGAGAAUGAAUAUUGUGAAGCACCCCUUCAAACCAAAAGACACGUGGUCUCAGCUUCUGCUUCAGAUGCAGGAGGAUUUGCUUCUAAUUCAGGAUCAGUGGAAAAAAUCCUGCAAGUUUUGAGGCACCUGCUUCCAAAUAGGAUGGAGGAACCAAUAUAUUACAGCAGGAAAAAGGGACUGGAGUGUUUAGCACCACUGUUCAUGACUGUGGAGGAAACCCCUGCACCCAUUCUUGUGAAAGUGAAAGGGGAAAUUCCUAAAUGGUUAACAGGAAAUCUGCUGAGAAAUGGGCCUGGAAAAUUUGAGUUUGGAAAUGACAAAUACAACCAUUGGUUUGAUGGUAUGGCAUUGAUGCAUCAGUUUAAAAUUGAAGAUGGUAAUGUGACCUAUAUGAGCAGGUUUCUACGCAGUGAAACAUAUCGGACCAACAGUGCAAACAACCGUAUCAUGGUAUCUGAAUUUGGAACAAUAGCGAUGCCUGAUCCUUGCAAAAACAUUUUUGAACGAUUCAUUAGCAAAUUUGAAGUACUAAAAUCCACUGAUAAUGGCAGUGUGAACUUUGCACGGUACAAAGGAGACUACUAUGCAACCACAGAAACUAAUUUCAUCCAUAAAGUGAAUCCUAAUACCCUGGACACAGAAGAAAAGGUAGAUUGGACCAAAUUUAUUGCAGUGAAUGGAGCAACAGCCCAUCCACAUUAUGAUCCUGAUGGGACAACCUACAAUAUGGGCAAUUCAUAUGGAAAAAAUGGCACGAUAUAUAGCAUCAUUGCAGUUCCUCUCAAGUCCAAUGAUGAGGAGACACUUCAAGGGGCCAGAAUUGUUUGUGGCAUUACACCAGCAGACAGCAUGGAGCCUUCUUACUACCACAGCUUUGGAAUGUCCAAAAACUAUAUCAUCUUUGUUGAGCAACCGCUGAAAAUAAAUGUACUGAAAAUUCUCACAUCCAAAUUCAGAGGUAAAAGUUUGAACUGUGCGAUAAACUGGGAGCCAGAACGCAACACCAUUAUCCAUGUAGCUAACAAACACACAGGAGAGAUGAUUCCAUUCAAGUAUUACACCAAAGCCUUCUGUAUAUUCCACCAUAUCAAUGCAUUUGAAGACAAUGGCUUUAUUGUUCUUGAUCUCUGCUGUUUUGACAAUGGCAAUUUUGUAAAGAACAUAAACCUGCAAAACUUCCGCCAGACUGGAGAAGCACUGGAUGAGAUCUACAAUACUUUACCAAAAGGCUUUCCACGCAGAUUUGUCUUACCUUUGAACAUCAACUCCAACACAUCUAUUGAUCAAAACCUCAAUACUUUGACAUACAGCAGCGCAGUUGUAUUCAGAAAGGCUGAUGGAAAGAUUUGGUGUGAGUCUGAGGACCUCCAUGAUAGUGAUUUGCUGGAUGAAGGUGGAAUGGAAUUUCCACAAAUUAACUAUGCAAAGUAUAAUACGAAGAAAUACAAAUUUUUCUAUGGCUGUGGAGCAAACGAGAUAAUGGUAGAUUCUCUUAUAAAGAUGGAUGUGGAAACAAAGAAAUUUAAAACUUGGAAAGAAAAGGGGUACUAUCCAUCAGAGCCGGUCUUUGUGCCCUCACCCAACAGUGUCGACGAGGAUGAUGGAAUUAUCUUAUCUGUAGUCGUUUCACCAAAUCCAAAUAAGAGCAGUUUGCUGCUUGUACUCGAUGCCAAGACCUUCACUGAAAUGGGCAGAGCAGAAGUAGCUGUCCGUAUACCAUUUGGGUUUCAUGGUGUCUUUGCAGAACGCUAGACUUUAUCGAAGCAAUUCCAAGAUUUGUGCAACUGGGUUCCAGCACCUCAGGCACUUCCAAAAAUUUUAAUCAAAGGCUUGCACUUUUUUACACUCUGAAUAAGCAAUAAUAAUUAAUUUAUGAAUUUAAUACAUUGGAUUUCGCUUAAGAGCAGCUCUGAUAAGCUCACGUUGUGUGGUGUGGGCCAGAGCAUUAUAGCUUUCACCCACAAUGGAGGACUCAAGGUCACACCUAGGGUUCAAUUUUAACCAUUCUUGACCUCCUAUUACUGAAGCACUAGCACAAUGUUAAGAAAUUGCUUUGUUGUUGGCACAGCCACAUUCAGAAGCAGCAAAAAAAACAGCUUUAUCUUCCUCAGCUAACUGAGGUAAUAGUUACAGAAUCACACGAACAGAGAAUGAGCUGUCAGCGCAUCACCUUGGCCCAUUUUGGUUCAGUGAAUCAAUCUAUGGAACACACUUCUUAGAUGCAUGGUGGAAGCCAUUAGUAUUAACCUAAUCAAAAGCAAAUUAAAUAGAUUUCCUUCAGAAGUAACAUUUUGUAUUCCAGUAUAUGAAACAUGACAUGGAAAAUAUGGUAUGCUUGGGAGGAACAGAUGUCUUUGGACCUAUUGUUUUCAAACUCUCAAUCACUCAGAUUUUUUUCUCUUGUUUCAAGGUCUGUUGUGUACUAUUUAAUAGAGAUUGAUUGCUAUGUUUAGUCAAUAAUUCUUACAGUUGCAUCAUUUGUCUACUAGGAUGGCAGAAGGUGAACGAGAUGGACCUUGGUCUUUUUUUGUAUAGCAACUCUUAUCUUCUUAUGAUGAUGCAAAAGAAAGAUAGAUAGAGAGGCACUAUUUCUGCUGGCUAGGGAGUCUAGGACUAGGAGACAUAGCCUAAAAUUUGGAGUAAGUCCUUUGAAGAGUAAAGUUAGGAAACACUUAUACAUGAAGAGUAGUAGAAGAUUGGAACUCUCUUUCGCAAACAUCAGUUGAUGCUAGAUCUAAGCGAAAAAUCUGAGAUUGUUAGGUUUUUGUUAAUCAAAGAUAUAUGGGGCAAAGAUGGGUAUGUGGAGUUGGGUCACAGAUCAGCCAUGAUUUAGUUGAAUGGUGCAACGGGCUUGAGGAGUGAAAAGUCAUCCCUCCUGCCCCUAUGUUCCAGGGUUACAAACAAAUAAAACAGGCACAGUCUACCCCUACUUAAAUAAAAACAAAAAACUGCGGAUGCUGGAAAUCCAAAACAAAAACAGAAUUACCUGGAAAACCUCAGCAGGUCUGGCAGCAUCGGCGGAGAAGAAAAGAGUUGACGUUUCGAGUC